AUGCUCUACAAGCGUCUCUCUCCCGUCAAGAGCAUGAACGUUAUGGUCUGGAUCGUGUCCGCCAUCGUGGUCCACUUGGCGUUCGGGGGCAUCCUUGUCGGCUGCUUCACUUGCAUUCCGACCGAGAAGCUUCUGCAAAUUCCGAACAUCUUCACUGACGCCAUGAUCUUGUUCAUGCCCAUGCACACCGUCUGGGGCCUGCCCAUCCAAAAGCCCAGAAGGUCACAUGUUGCCGCGCAUACCCUCGAACCAAAAGUCACAAUCCACAGGACCCUGGUCUUUGACAUCGUCCGUCUCGUCUCCCUCAUCGACCUCUCCCGCUCCGGCGAGGACAUCACCUACAACCAAGUCAACCUCAGCGUCUAG